UUUAUCUGUCUCUUCUAUAUCCACCAAUACAUUUUUUAGCGCUUUAUUUGCCACAAACACCCACACCCCACGUACGUACAGAAAACGGAAAUUACAAUGAGAAAACCUUGUUGUGACAAAGAAAACACCAACAAAGGUGCUUGGUCCAAGCAAGAAGACCAAAAGCUCAUCGAUUACAUUCGAGCUCAUGGAGAAGGCUGUUGGCGUUCCAUUCCCAAGGCUGCCGGGCUGCAUCGUUGUGGCAAAAGCUGUAGGCUAAGAUGGUUAAACUACUUAAGACCAGACAUCAAACGUGGAAUCUUUGCCCAAGAUGAAGAAGACCUCAUCAUCAAACUCCAUGCCCUCCUUGGCAACCGGUGGUCACUCAUAGCUGGAAGGUUGCCAGGACGUACGGACAACGAGGUGAAGAACUAUUGGAAUUCUCACAUACGAAGAAAGCUAAUAAAGAUGGGAAUUGAUCCAAAUAACCAUAAGCUACACCAUGGAUUUCCUCGCCCUCAUUCUCAUCACCCUCUUUCUGCUACGGGUGCAUCAUCAUCUGAGUCCAUGAACAAAGAACAUAAAGUAGUCCCUUUAUCCAAAUCAUGUGUAGAAGAAGAAACAGCAAUUAUUUCAUCAUCCCCCGUGAAUCUUGACCUAUCCAUUGCUUUACCUUCGCCUAGGCUUGCUGUUGUGGAAGAUAAACCUACGCCAAAUUCUGAAUUUGCUAAGAGAUGUGACAUGGAUAUAGAUCUUAAUUGUUAAUUAAUACUUCUUGGUCUCGUGUGAAUGCAUAUAUAUAAAAUAAUUUAAUUAGUAAGCCAAAUAAGGAAUUAAUUACAAGAGAGGGUUUUGGCUGUAGAAUGCUAAUUACCAAUGAAUUGUAUUGUAUUGCCUUUGUAAUUGUAACCAAAUUUGAGGCAUGCAGCACUGGAGAUAUUAUUUUUCUUCCAAGAUCUCGAUCAGAGAUAUAUAUUUGUCUCAUUAAUUUCAUGUAUACAUAGUU